AUGGAAAAAUCUCACAGUGCGUGCAAGAAUUGUGUUAUAGAUCAUUAUUGGCACCACAUGGACGAUCAUGGAAAGAGUUUCAUCAAGGUUAUGAUUGGUGAUUUCAAAAAUGGACUGACCAUACCAGAGAAGUUUGCACAAAAUUUUAGAGGACAUAUACCUGAAACAAUAAACCUUGAAACUCGUAAUGGCAACAGAUACAAAGUUCGACUUGUCAAGGAACUAAACAAUCUUGUCCUGCGAUCUGGAUGGGCAAAAUUUGCCAGUGCUUAUGAACUUGAAAAGGGUGACAUUUUGGUGUUCAUAUAUAGUGGAAACUCCCACUUCAAAGUUUGGAUUUAUGAUCCAAGUGCUUGUGAGAAAGAAUUAUCCUGUGCCAAUAUGGAACAGUUUCCUUAUGUGCAAGAAAGGAGCAUAUCUUAUGAUAAUCAUACACGACUGCGAAAAAAAGCAAAGUCAGCUAAUCGGUAUGUUGAUAGCUCUAGUUACAGUAGGGAAACUCUAGAGAUAAGUCCAGCAAGAUCUUCAUGGAAAUCAACUGAAAAUGUCUCAUCUUCAGAAGAACAUGAUGAACCCGUCAAUUCAGACUGCACCCAGAAACCAACCAAGUCUUUCUGUGACUUACCAAGGAUGUGCAGCAUGACCAAUGCGCAAAAGGCUGAAGUGAAUGCUCUUGAGAAGAAAAUUCAGCCUCAGAUUCCAUUUUACAUCACAACCAUAGACAAAGCAAGUGUGACUAAUGGAUCACUGACCAUCUCGAAGGAUUAUGCUGUCAGAUAUCUUCUUCACGAAAAUGAGACCAUCAAACUCUGUCAUUCUGGACGUAGCAUGACAUGGGAUAUCAGUUUGGACAUUGAAACUGAUGAUCAGUAUGCCAUUUCAACUGGUUGGUUGGACUUCAUUCGCGACAAUCAUUUGCAAGAAGGUGAUACCUGCGUAUUCGAAGCAUCAAAAAACAAAAGGGAAGUUGCAUUGAUAUUUCAUCCUCUUAAGCAAAGCCUUCACUCAAAGCCACCAGGAUAUGCUCCUUCCACCAGGUGUCCUAGGAAUGGAAUUAGUAAGCCUAACUACAUUGUGACAAAGUUUACCACUCUAUCUGGUAAACUUGAGAGAGAAGUGGAAGCCAAAGUACAAGCUAUUCAAUCUGAAAUACCCAUUUUCGUAGCUGUCAUGCGGGACAGCUGCAUCAGAGGCAAUGCAAGCGUUCUGUGCUUCAAUGCAAAAUAUGCUGCUGAGUAUCUCCCACGAGAGAGCAAAACUAUGAGGCUUCUGCUGCCCAAGAAGAAAUACAAGUGCAAGGUUGCAUUCCAGAUCAAUCACAGAGUUCAUAAGCUUGUUGGAGGUUGGAGGAAAUUCAUUGGCGACAACAAAUUAAAAGUAGGUGAUGUCUGCCUCUUCCAGCUGAUGAAGAACGAGAAGCUCACGAUGUUGGUCCAUAUCAUUCGAAAAUCUGAAUAUUGCUGAUCCCAUCUGUUGCUGCUCUUGGUGCUGAUGUCCUUUUAUGUAGCAAUAGCUAAUGGCAGUGCUUUUGUGUUAGAAUUGCUAAUGCUCGAAAACCUGAAUAUUGCUGAUCCAUCUGCUGCUGUUGGUGCUGAUGUCCUUCUAUGUAGAAAUAGUUAAUGGCAGUGCUUUUGUGUUAGAAUUGGUGAUGCUUGUGGGCUAGCUUGCCAGCCUGAAUCUGAAUGCAACGAGCUACUGCCUCC